GGGAAUGUUGGUCUACGUGCGUUUUUGUGCACCGUCUGAAAGGGAAGUCAACGGAGGCAAGUCUAAGCGCCAAGUAUCAUACUAUCAUACGGCAAAGCAGCUUGUUUGACCGCCGCCAGGAGACGCUGCUCAGUAUGGCCAUCUUGCAGCGAAGUUGUUGCGGUUGCUGUGACGUAAAGACCGGCUCCAUCGUGGUCGCAAUCAUCUGGAUCAUCUUGACCCUGAUUGGCCUCGGUUACACCUCCUACCGCGUGUACCUAGUCUCACUACUCGGACUUGUGUCGCCAACCGAUGUCGUCCUCCUGAUUUUGUACAUUGUUAACUUCAUUGUCCAUAUCCUGCUCAUCAUUGGAGUGGCCCAGGAGGUGCGCCCUCUGAUCCUGACAUGGGUGAUUGUCACUAUCAUCUGCACGGUCGUUUCCCUGAUCGUCUAUGUCUACGUGACGGUGGCGACCAUCGCAAUCAUCGGGGCCCUCGCCUCCGGAAGUGAUGACCAAGGCGUGAUCGUAGGAGCCGGUGUAGCGAGCCUCGCUAUCGUUUGGAUCAUCUGGGGCGUUUUCUUCAUCCUGACGGUGUACGGCUGCCUCGUGGUGUUCUCUCACUACCAGAACCUGCGUGACGCGGCGCUGGGACAGGGGCAGCAGCAGAUGGUGGCAAUGGGCAACCAACCCUACAUGAUGGGCAACCAACCCGCCGUGGCGGGCAACCAACCCUACGGUUACCAACCCUACGGCAACCAACCGGCCAUGGAGAACAAGCAACCCGCUAUGAUGGGUCCCCAACCGGGUUUGGGUCAAGAAUCUAACGACGUUAAGCUGUAGGGACGAUGCCACUUGGCCCUACAUACAGUCACCGACGAGACGUCAAGGAGAUCCACUUUUCGUGUAGAGGAUAUGCUUUUAUCUAUCGCUUUUUUUAUUAUCUUAAUUUGAAACAGUUAUAAUUAUGGCAAAGCACAAAGGUUGAAAAUCCUUUGUUUGUCCAAAGAUUUUUUACCCACGUGUGAAUGCAAUAAACGUGUCUUUAUUUUGUGUAAAUCCGUCAAGAAUCAAGCUUUUAUUUUAGAACGUGGUAGCAAAAAUUUUAGACUACUUUUAAAACAAAAAUCGAAGAGAAAAUUGUUUUAUACUUGAAAUGUACUUAGUGGCAAAUAUACUUUUAUUAUUUCUGUUGCAAAUUGCAUUGCAUUUAUGUUUAUUCUACUAUUAAAGCAAAAUCUAUAA